AUGGCAACCAACCCCCCACAGCUGUUCCUCCUCGCCGACCACAUCAAGCUCUCCCUCCUCGAGCGCCAACGCGCAUUAUCCCUCAACCUCCCGUCCAACAGCCAAGAUGGCCAGAUCUCACGGUCACUGGAGCAACUGCGCUCCGGCAUUGAAUCGUUGGAGUCGCAAGUCCAAGACACAUCAGACGACCAACUGGCUGAACUCACAUCGCAAUUCACACCCGCCAACCCAAUAGCAACAACGACCUCACCAGCCCUAACCUCCCCCAACGACCCCUCCCUAUCCCGCGACUUUGCCGCCACCCAAAACAAGAAACCCACUACCACACGCUCAGCCUCAAAAUCCGUCCGCUUCAGCGACAACGACGAUGACAAUGACGAUGAUACAAACCGCGCCUCCCUCUUCCCUUACCGCGACGAUCCCCCCGACGACGCCAGCCCCAAUCUCGCGCAUCUGGACAACCAGCAGAUCCACGCCUACCACGACCGCGUCAUCGCGGACCAAGACUCGCAGCUCGAUCAACUGGGCCAGAGUAUCAGUCGCCAGCGCGAGCUGUCCAUGCAGAUUGGCGACGAGCUAGACGGGCAGGUCAUGUUGCUGGAUGAUGUCGAGGAAGGCGUGGAUAGACAUGCGGCGCAGUUUGUGCGUGCCAGAGGCAGGCUAGAUAGGUUUUCGAGGAAAGCGCGGGAGAAUUGGAGUUUGACUGUUAUUGUGGUGCUCAUCAUUAUACUGGUUUUGUUGAUUGUUAUUACAAAGUAG